CAAACUGCGAAGUCUCACUUGGCAAGCUUGCGUGACGGAGUGAAUUUUAUUUGACUGUUCCUUUUUCCUGGGAAGACGAAGCAGUGGCUUUAUCAUUCCUGUCAGUUGUCUGGAUUUGCAUUUGCCACGACGUUCGUCCGGUGAUACAGUGCUAUACAGUAUCUGCGGAGUUUUGCGUUGGAGAAGCGAGAAGUCAGAAGUGGGCUGUUUGGCAGCAUCGAUCGUUUGCGAGUUUGUGUUUGAUCGGUUGAGGGCGACGCAUCCGUGACAGCAGUGUGAUACUCUGGUUGAGAGAUGGCUCCCAAGCUGGAACACAUCAGCGAGAAGGCCAAGCUGGACAAGAUCCUGAAGGACGCGGGCAGCAAGCUGGUGGUGAUCGACUUCCACGCCACCUGGUGCGGCCCGUGUCGCCAGAUCGGGCCCAAGUUCGAGGAGUUCUCCGAGAAGUUCGACGCCGUCUUCCUCAAGGUCGACGUCGACGAGUCGGAAGACAUUCCCUCCGAGUACGAGAUCAGCGUCAUGCCGACGUUCGUGUUCAUCAAGAACGGGAAGACGGUGGACACGUUCUCGGGCGCCAACGCCAGCAAACUGGAGGAGAUGAUCAAGAAGAACUUGUAGGCGAAUCAGAUCACUUUUAUCGGUCGCCUGUCCUGUCCCGUCGCAGCCGCAGUCCACCUUCCUUCCGCACGACUAACGUUCACUGCAGCGCUGCGGACGGGUCUUGUUCGUGUCUUACUAAUUAUCCCUCGCAAAAUCGCCUCGCCACUCCACCGAGUUGGAUGGAUCGUUCCUCUUGCACUUCCAUUGUUUUUGGCACAUUUCGUGUUUGUUGACGGGCUUUUUCUGCUUUUUAUUUCCUCGCCGCGGCAGUCGGCACUCACCAUUGCUGCUUACACUCUCACUGACUGUGCGUUCAUUCUUAGUGUUUGAUUAACAAGUAACAAGUACUGGCGGUACAGGCCUUUUUAUCAGUCAGCUCUCUCUAGUUUUGUGGGUAUUAAUUUUAUGCGAAUAAUUUCCGCCUGAUCGUUAACGAGGGGCACUGCUACACAAAUGUUCCUUUUUUGAUUAAAUUAUCUUCGCUUUA